UGCACUUUCUCACGAGGAUGGAUGCGCUGACGGGCGCGCUCCUGUCGAUCGACCCGAUGGCUGGGCAUGCAGCUAUGAAGACACUGCAGACGACGUGCGCCUUUGAGAGCCGCAAGGAGUGCGUGGCAUGGACCGGGUCGCUCUUGAGCUUUGCUGGAUGCGGCUAUCAGUUCCAGCUACUGCGACGACUCCUGGCAGCAACAUGCGACGACGACAGCGAAGCUUCGUGCUCUGAUAGCGGCGAUGAUGGCGACGACGAGGCUGCCGAUCCACGCGGCCGGUGGCUGCGCGCUGCCAUCGUUGCUUCCGCCGACCAGCUCGAGGCACUUUGCUCAACUGCAUCGACGUGUGCAAUUGCAACGCCCGGUGUGCUGUUCGAGUACCUGGCUUUUCUGCGCGCGGCGAUCCCUCUUUUGGGUGCGUCGAUGUUCGAGAUGGCAGCGUCCUUCAUUACGCUGCUAUCGCUGCCGCAGCUACCGCAGUACCUCUAUGUCGAGUGCAUUGGCUUCCUUGACGACGUGGCCGUUACCGUCGAUGACGACGACCACGACGCCAGCGCGGCGGCCUUUCUUGAGCGCUCGGUAACGUUUCUAGCCUCGGCGUUUCCAACGCUGGUCGAGCGUAUUCUCAAUAGCACGCCCGUCGUCGGCGUCACCUUUUUUGUCGGUGAUGCGACGACGCCGGCGCUCCAGCGGCUGCUGCUUUUUGGGUUGCGCGUUCUGCAUCGAGGACUGCGCAUGCCACCGUCUAUUACUCUGCAGUCCGCGCUGCAUACAUUGGCAAAGAGCGCAACGCGUCCAGAGAGGUUGCGGUAUCUGCCUGCACUACGCGCCAAGCUCGUCGAGAUCGUCGCGGACGAAGACGACGUCCUCAUCAGUGCGGCACGCUUGGCGCUUGAUCUGUGCGAGGCGCAUGGCUCGUCGCCCAUUGCCGAGGCGUUCCACCCCGUCCUUGUGUUUGACUUGGUCUGCGCAACGAUUCACGACGACCAUUCGGUGCUUGUCGACUGGCUCACGUCCAACGAAACCGAUGCGCUCGCCUAUUUUGUCGCGUUUUUGCGCUUUAUUGACGCGUCACCGCCCACCGCGUGGCCGACUACCGUGCGCGUCACCACCAUCUCAGUAGUCUUGAACGCGACGUAUACGGACCUUGACAAGUACCAACGACACAAUAUCAUCCCGUUCAACGUCGCCCCGCUGCUUCGGCGACUGCGACGCGUUCUCACACUACUCCAGUCGACGGAAUGACAUCUUGGGCGACUCUCGUGCACGCUUGGAUUUCCGAUUUCGUUUCGAGCCUGCGAUGCUCCGACACGCGCUCCGUAUAGCCAAAUUAUUACCAUGUAGCCAGGUUCGCAACAUUAAGAGAUACUUUGAGAAUGAAAAGUCGCGGCAAUCGGUCGGUCAAUAGACAAAGUCAAUUUUAGCGCUUUCGUAACCCAUCGUCUACUAAAUUUGCU